GCUUAUUAGUCGCGCCUAAGCGCGCCUGACAUGCCCCGUUUUCGCCGUUUCGGUACCUCGGUGGGUAAUUAUCAAAGUCACUCUAUUUCGACUCAAGAGUCAGCAGAUAAGAGAGAUUGGAGCCAGACAUCACUUUUGAUUCUUUCAUACUAGAUCCGACAUCUCGGGUUGCCGUUAUUUUCUUUAAUUACCGUCCCGGCAGCUUCUUCUUGUUCUGUAAACCCAAGGAGGCCUCGAGUUCUUUUGCUUGGUACCUUUAAAGCACUGCCUGCCGCUUCAGCGCAUCGCUUUUCCAUCGUGUGAUUCGAUCUCAACUUGCUCACACCGAGCCUCAACAACAGCUGCGAUUUUUCUCUUCCCAUUCUCUCCGUUAAGCCAGAAGACUCGUCCUCUUUGCCACGACAGAACCCUGCCUGCUGUGCGAUUGCAGCCCUCAGCAUGGCGGCCAUUUCGCCAAACGGCGCCCCUGGCGGUGAGGCCAUUCUGGCGAGAAUUCACGAAGCCCUCAAGGUCGUACACAGCCCAUAUUCUGCGAACCAGGCACGACAAGAAGCCCAAUCGUUCCUCGAGGAAGUGAAGACGCUCGGCGACGCCCCAUCCCACGGAUACAACCUCGCCUUCGACAGGUCACAAGCUCCAAUUGUCCGCCACUACGGCCUGUCCCUCCUCGAGCACGCCGUGAAGCACAAGUGGUCGGAAUACAGCAUCGAGCACCAAGCCUACCUACGCAACUGGGUCUUGCAGCUGUCCGAGUCCGUCUCGAGAGAAGACCCGUCAUAUCUAAGAAACAAAACUGCCCAGUUGUGGGUAGAGAUAGCCAAGAGAUGCUGGGCUGUGGAGUGGAUGGACAUGGACGAGCUGCUUGUUCGCCUCUGGAGAGUCCCAGAAUCCCCAGUUCACAAGCAAUUUGUCCUACAGAUCUUGGAAACACUGUCCGAGGAAAUCUUCAACGGGGACGAUUCGGUUGUAGCCCUCCGCGAAGGAGCACUCAGCAAGGCUUGCGUCGAAAUAUUCACCCCUGCUGCCGUCCUGACCGAAGCCUUUCCCAACCGCCAGGUGGGCCCGAAUGUACGGUUUGAAGAGGAAGGGUGGCUCAGUAGGAUUACACAGUUCGUCACCGACUGCCUCAACAGCGGGGCGGUCGAGCAAAACGAGGAUGCUGCGGCCUGUGUCGUGAAAGCCCUCAAGGUUCUCGCUUCAGUCGUGGCCUGGGCUGUUCCCAAAGCAGUCAAUGCGGUUGGCAGUCGCCCCGUUCUAUGUCGCUGCCUUGCGACUCCCAAUGUUUCUGUACAAAAGGCUGCACUCGAGGCCCUCCAUGCGCUCUACAACCGUACAAUGUUCACCGAUGAGGACUUUAUCGAUCUUGUUGUGCCAAUGUAUGGCGAAGACGUGGUGGAUUUGUUCAAGCGGCUCUUCGAGUGGUCUACUGUUGACGCCCAGGAUAUCGACGAUGACAAGUAUACACAGUAUGUUCGCUGGCCAACUACCUGGACCGGAAGUUUGCGGCCAUCCCUCCUCAAGUAA